AUGGCAUACGAUCGAGUAAGAUUAAGAAAGGCCAAGAAAUCCAAUUAUGCAAACGCGCACAAAGUAAAUCUUAGUGCAUUGGAGAGAAGAAGACAAGAACCUGGCAAUUCAACUAUUGAAGCCUGCAAACAGGAAGAAGCGCUAACAUAUUUCGUUAUCAUAGAGCCCAGAAGGGUUGCCGUGGAAGCCGCUGCUGUCAUCGAAGCCUCUCGAACAAAGCUAUCGAGAAAGGAGGCGAGAGCUGCUGCUGCUAAAGCUGCCAAACAGAAAAGAAGACGGGAACGUCGAAUCGCUGAAGCCAACGCUGCAGAAGCAACUGAACUACUGGCUAGCAAGGAAACAGAAGCCAGGGAUAGUAAAAGGAACGGCAAUAUCGAAGGUGAAGUCGGACAGCAAGGGGAGAGACCUUUGAAAGUUGGGUCUAGGGAUAGCAUGAGCGAUGUCAAGGAUUUAAAUGAGGCAGUUGGAGAGGAUAGGGGUGGAAUGAAUUCGGGAGCUGGGUUGACAUUUGUUGGACUCGCUUUUCGCCCAAAAGUCUAG